AUGCGACAACCAACGGCCACGGCGGACAGACAGAUGAUACCAAGUACGCAGCGCAAACGUGAGCCGCCGCCGGUGCCGUCCAGAUCGUCAAAGCCAGACGCAAAUGCACGACCGGAAUCUUUUGUGGCGGUUGAGGAUGACGAUAAGCCCGAGAGCCUCCCUGACGAAGAUGCCUUCAACCCAGCCGACCCGCUGUUUGUGAUCAUGGGGGUUACUGGGGCCGGGAAGAGCACUUUUAUCUCUCUCUUGUCAGAGGAUGCCGUUGAAGUUGGACAUGGGCUUCAGUCGAAAACCAAAAAUGUCACGGCGCACAGGUUUCGAUGCCCCGACGGCCGUAAGGCAUGGCUCGUCGAUACGCCAGGAUUCGACGACACCGGGCGACAGAAUAUUGAGAUCCUGGAAGAAUUCAUCGUGUCUUUGACCAAGCUUUAUGAACGUGGCGGUAAGGUCUCGGGGAUGAUAUAUCUGCACCGUAUCACAGAUCCGAGGAUGGGGGGUUCGGCGCUGAAGACUCUGGAGAUCUUCAAGCUCUUGACGGGUGCCUCGGCGAUGCCCAUUGUCCGUCUCGUGACGACUCGCUGGAAUGAGUUCGAUAUGAUCGGCCCAGACUUGGACAAGGCCUACCGACUCGAAGACCAGUUGCGGACGACGGAUAAGUUUUGGGCGACGCUGAUCCGCAACGGUGCGAUCACACAUCGCCAUUUGGGGAAUCGGGAGUCGGCGCAGGAAGUGAUCUCGUCCUUGCUCGCGAGAAGGGACCCCCCUCCUAAGCUUGCGAUCGUGAUGGAGAUUUUGGACGAGAAGCGAUCAUUGCUCGACACUGCAGCGGGGCGCUUCAUCGCUGAUGACAAUGACAAACUCCGAAAGCACUACGAAAUUGAGGUCGAGAAGUUGCAGAAGGAACGCCAACAAGCCUUACUGGACAAAGACCACGAACUGGCUGAGGCCUUGGCCGCCGAGGAAAUGGAAUAUCAGCGCCGAAAAGAGACCAUGCUCAUUGCGAAAUCGCAGCUCAAUGUCAAGCUUGAACGUCUACAUGACCAAGUCUAUGAGCGGAAUCUCCGAGGUGACGCUAGGUCUACUUCAGGUGACGAGAGCUCUGUGGCGCUGAGAUCUGAGAAUCAGCUGUUGCAUUCUGAACGAACUCAUUUGGAAGAGAGACUUGUCAGAGCCGAACGAAAGCACCAGGUCGAGAUGGCAAGAUUGCAGGAAAUCAUGGUACAACAGAAUCAGCAACAGCGUGUUGAGAGCCGGCGGGCCAUCCAACAAAUGAUAAACCGUUACGAAGACGAAAGUCACGAGUUGAGGGGCGAGCUACAUCGUCUGAAAAAGAAGAACAAACAGUUGAAGAGAAGGCGUGGUACUAGCCUCUUUGAUAUAUUGAUGGGAUAG